AAACAGGAGUUGAAUGUGUGACGAAGAAGACGAGACGAGGAAUGGUAAACAGCAGAGCGCAUUCACGUAUGAAAAGCUCAUCAGUGGUCAGAUUUAUCUCAAGAAGACCGUCUCCUUCAGCCAUUACUUUUUACAUGAUCCUUCUUUUUGCCUUUUCGCUCUUCGUGUUUGUUUUUAACGCAAGAGACAUAUUGGACAAUGAACCGAAAUCUCGCUUCUCUGAAGAAUCUCUAUCUCAGUCUCAGUCUCAGUCUCAGUCUCAAUCUCAAUCUCAACCUCAAUCUGUGCAGAUGUCAAAUGAAAAGCUGCAGGAUACUCCUCUCAACUAUGGCUUACGCACUUGUGUCAACCCCACUGCCAAAUAUAAAGCUGCCCAAGGAUGGGACCGAUAUAUAACUGUGAAAAGCAAUGGAGGAUUAAAUCAAAUGCGCACUGGUAUUUCAGACAUGGUGGCUGUUGCACACAUCAUGAAUGCAACAUUAGUCAUUCCCCAAUUAGAUAAACGUUCAUUUUGGCAAGAUACAAGUACAUUUUCAGAUAUAUUUGAUGAGCUUCAUUUUAUCACAAGCUUACAAAAUGAUGUAAGAAUUAUCAAGGAGCUUCCCAAAGGAUUGGAAUCUAUUCCUCGGGCAAGGAAACACUUUACCUCCUGGUCUGGCAUUGGUUACUAUGAAGAGAUGACACAGUUAUGGAAGGAAUUUCAGGUAAUUCAUGUUGCAAAGUCAGAUUCUCGUCUUGCAAACAAUGAUUUGCCACUUGAUAUCCAGAGGUUAAGAUGCCGAGCUCUGUAUCAGGCUCUUCGCUUCUCUCCCCCAAUUGAAAGCCUAGGAAAGAAGCUGGUGGAGCGGCUGAGAUCACGUGGGGGAGGAUACAUUGCACUUCACUUAAGAUAUGAGAAGGAUAUGCUUUCUUUUACUGGCUGCACUUAUGGGCUGACUCAGGCAGAAUCUGAAGAGCUGCGACUAAUGAGGGAGAAUACAAAUCAUUGGAAGGUUAAAAAGAUAAAUUCAACGGAGCAGAGAGAGGGAGGAUUUUGUCCCCUAACUCCAAAGGAGGUGGGGAUAUUUCUUCAAGCUCUUGGUUAUUCUCCAUCAACAAUGAUUUACAUUGCAGCUGGCGAAAUUUAUGGUGGUAGAUCUCAGCUUGUAGAGCUCACAUCUAGGUUCCCAAAUACUGUUUUCAAGGAAACAUUGGCUACACCGGAGGAGUUAAAAGCAUUUUCUAAUCAUGCUUCUCAGACAGCAGCACUUGAUUACAUUAUUUCUAUAGAGAGUGAUGUCUUUAUUCCAUCAUAUUCAGGAAAUAUGGCCAGAGCUGUUGAGGGCCACCGGAGAUUCUUAGGGCAUCGCAAGACAAUCACCCCAGACAGAAAAGAACUAGUCAAGCUAUUUGAUAAGCUAGAAAGUGGACAGCUUAAGGAAGGGUCUUCAUUUUUACAUAUCGUGCAGGAGAUGCACAAGAACAGGCAAGGAGCUCCAAGGAAAAGAAAAGGUCCAUUGCCAGGAGUAAAAGGCCGAGCACGUUUCCGAACUGAAGAAUCUUUUUAUGAAAAUCCAUAUCCUGAGUGUAUCUGCAGAUCAAAAAGAGGCUUGUGAUUUGAAGAAUAAUUAUCAUUUUCUUCAUGUACUAUGAUGACCAACACUAAACACGAGCUUCCAGGUUUCCCCAAGUGAGCCAAAGCAGCAGCAACCCAGUUCUUAGAUUAGUUUGGUGGUUCUCAGUGGACAUUUCUUUGUUAGUUAAAGAAAAGGAAAAGGGGAAAAGAAGGUAAUGUUAGUCAAUACAUCAAAAUAUGUUAAAAUUAUGUAUUAUUAUGCAGAUUGCCACCACACCAAGUGAGCGCUAGUAAGUUUUUAAUGGUAUUGAGUUCUAUCAAUAUAUAUAGAUAGGGUGUUUUAGAAUC